GCCAAAUCAUGGUCUCCGUGUACGGCGGUGUUGAAGGAGGUGGGACUCACUCCAAAGCUGUGCUGGUGUCAGAAAAUGGGGAGAUCCUUGCAGAAACAGAUGGACCCUCUACCAAUCACUGGCUGGUGGGUGUAGAUAAAUGCAUAGAGGCCAUCAAUGACAUGGUGCGGAGAGCCAAGAGCCAGGCAGGCCUGGACCCAGACACACCCCUCUGCUCACUGGGCAUGUCUCUGAGUGGGGGCGAGCAGCCUGAUGCCAUUCAGAAGCUCAUCUGCGAGAUGAAGGAGAAGUUUCCCCAGCUGAGCAACAGCUACCACAUCACCACGGACGCCAUCGGAGCCAUGGCAACGGCCAGCGAGCACGGGGGCGUGGUUCUGAUAUCCGGGACCGGCUCUAACUGUAAGCUCGUGAACCCUGACGGGUCUCAGGUGGGCUGCGGAGGCUGGGGACACCUGAUGGGCGAUGAGGGCUCAGCUUACUGGAUCUCACACCUGGCCGUGAAGACAGUGUUUGAUGCGAUGGACAACCUGAGCACGCCCCCUCAUGACAUCACACACGUCAAGAAGGCCAUGGAGGAGUACUUCCAGGUGUCAGGCAGGAUGGGCCUGCUUCCCCACCUCUACAGAAACUUCCAGAAGUCCCACUUUGCAGGUUUCUGCAGGAAGUUGGCUGAAGGGGCUGCUGCCGGAGAUGCACUGUGUCAGUACGUGUUCACCAAGGCGGGAGCAAUCCUCGCUCAGCACAUUGUGGCCGUCCUGCCCAAAGCCCACCAGGCCCUGUUCUUGGGAGAGCGCGGGCUGCCCGUCCUCUGUGUCGGGUCAGUGUGGAAAAGCUGGGAGCUGCUGAAACCAGGCUUCAUCGAGGUGCUGUCCAAGACGGCUGGCAGUCACUUCACAGGGUACAGCCUUCUGACGCUGCAACAGUCCUCAGCACUAGGGGGCGCCAGCCUGGGUGCCAGGAGCGUAGGGUUCAAGCUCCCCCUUGACUACGCUGCCAACACUCAUGUUUUCUACAGCUGCUCCUUCACUGGCCAAUGAGAAUGCAGUCCCAUUCACCUCAAAAGCCCACGGAAGUUACCACUGCCCCCGCCGGGACCAGCCAACCUGCUCUGCCAUCCAGCUAUACUCCAUCCAACCACACAGUGGUGCUGUUUACCAGCAAAUCAGUACUGUGCGAUAUUGUUGAUGAGCCGUUUUGCGUUUGCAAUUUUGUAUUUUUCGUAUUGCUUUUGAAUGGUAAAGAUUUGGAGGGAA